AUGGCUACCGACACCUCCGCCUCCACCGCCUCACCCACACUCAACCUCACUGCCAAAGAAAAGCAGCUGAGAGACCUCCUCGUCGAUGUCGCUGCCUCUAUCGAUGCCGCCGGUCGCUCUCCGCAGCCUCUGGUCCUGCGCUGGGCUGGUGGCUGGGUACGUGACAAGUUGCUAGGCAUCGAAAGUCAUGACAUCGAUACCGCCAUCAAUGCCAUGACUGGCUAUGCGUUCAGUAUGGAGAUGCGCGAUUAUUGCACCAACCAGGACAACAUUAAAAGGCACAACAUCAGCCCCGGUGAUCUAGGGGGCCUUCACAAGAUCGCUGCCAACCCAGACAAGUCAAAGCAUCUCGAGACCGCCACAUGUCGCAUUUUUGGCCUUGAUGUUGACUUUGUUAACCUUCGCAAGGAAACUUACGCAGACGACAGCCGCAAUCCGACCAUGGAAUUCGGCACCGCUCGCGAAGAUGCCCGGCGUCGAGAUGCAACCAUCAACGCCUUGUUCUACAACUUACACGACAGCGUCGUCGAAGACAUGACAAGUGGUCUUGCGGACAUGAAAUCUCGCCUGAUUCGCACCCCAAUGUGUCCGCUUCAGACUUUCACGGAUGACCCGCUCAGGGUCUUGAGGUUGGUUCGCUUUGCCAGUCGUCUCGAUUUUACCAUAGAUCCUGCCGCCACGGCAGUCAUGUCGGAACCUUCCGUCCUAGAGGCAUUGAAGCUGAAAAUCAGCCGCGAGAGGGUCGGGGUCGAGGUUGAGAAGAUGCUAAGAGGCAAGCACCCGCGAAGCUCUCUUGAGCUGAUUCACAACCUUGGACUGUACGGUGCCAUAUUCACGGAUCCAAACACCAACGACCGCCCCCCACCAGACGUCUCCAAGUGGAGACUCGCCUACGAGUGCCUUGACCGGCUCGCCUGCGAAAGGGCUCCAGGGUCUAUCUAUGACACGCUCGUCGUGGAUGACGACGCUGCUUACUUUGCGUGGGCUCUUGCCGCAGUCGCCCCGUAUGCACACGUCGAUACCGAGGUGACUGUUCCGAAGAGUAAGGGCACUCUUCCCCUAGCGACACUGGUGGCUCGCGAAGGCAUCAAGGCGCCGAACAAACUCUGCGAUGUGAUCACAGGGGCGUGCCGACAUCGAAGUGAGAUUGCGAGCCUGAAGCAAAGCACGUGGGCCAAGGAGCCGCGGGCCUCGGAGCGAGACACUGUUGGCAUGGCGAUCCGCAAGUGGGAUUCCCGUGGAGGUCGGUGGCGCGUUCAGGUUCUAUAUGCUCUUCUUGUCGAGGCAAUGGAAAAAUUUGAGCUGGGGUCAGACGCAGAUAAUACCCAGUUUCUCUUGGGCUGGCAGAAAUUUGUAGACCACCUUGCUGACCUCGACCUUCUUGAUGCGCCGAAUCUUCGAAGGCUGGUAGACGGUCGAUUAUUGACGCAAGAGCUCGGGAUUCGUCCAGGCAAGUGGCUGGGACAGGCGCUGGAUGUGUGUGUGGCGUGGCAGCUUCGCCAUCGAGGCGAGACCGAUCCGGCCGGGGCCAUAGCCGAGCCUCAUCGCCAGGUUAUCAAGGCGUUAUCCCUCUGCUUGAACCUAAAAGAGCGCAUUGAACGAGUGCCCGAGGAUGAUGUAGCCGCUGCUCGAAUAACCAGUCAUGCUGCGGGAUUGCUAUGCCGCUCACCCAGCGGCCUGCCUUUGCCCCUUCCACAUUCUGCCGAUGCUGCUCCGGCGGAGGAUGUGCUAGCGGUCUUGAGAGCCCUCAACAUCAACUACUCCGCUCACAUCAACGAUGACACGUUGUUGUCUGUUGUCGCCUACACGGACAGCAACACCACCUGGUCGACGGAAACAAUAGCGUUGAUGGCCGAAGACCUCCUGGACUGCGCUCUAACAGACGAACACCGAAAACGUGUCUUCAUCACGUCUGUCGUUCUGGAAGGCUUCAUUCGGCCACUCUUCUCCCAGUCGUCGUCGAGUCGGAUCACUUCGACUGGCAGAAAGGCCCACUAUGCUGAUGAUGACCGCGACCAUGCCAGCAAAGACAUCUUUGCAAGUGAUGCUGAGACUGUGCCUUGGAAGGGGGACCAGCUGCACGCCAUCACCGUUUUCUCAUGGGCUGUUGAGCGAUCGGACGAACAAGUCGUAGGGAAGAACUGGCCACUGUUUACCCCAGUUCUUCUCGCUUUAAUAGACGACACGGAUACGAGAUAUAAGGCCCAGGGCCUCGCUAUCUUACAAAGCUUCCUUGCAAGGUGCCCGUCCAGCGUUCUUCAAGACACGGGCCUCGGAGAAAUCUUCGAGCAAUCCAUAUUCCCGUCACUGAUGUCCCUACCGACGCUGACGCCCGAGGAAGAAUCUGUGCAACUCCUUGACCCUGCCUACGGCGCGGCCAUUCGAUUGGCGAGCGCCCAGUUCCCAGAGGAGAGAAGCAGGCCUCGGAAGAAUCGUCUCUUCGUCAGGUUGCUAAGGGAAGGAAUCAUUAGUGGCUACUGGUAUGCCUCCGAGUACCCGAGGACUGUAGAGCUCCUGGUGCGCCAAGCCUCGCUGGUUGUCCAACACCUGGGCACCUUCACAAUUCCACACGUCAAGGAUCUGCUAUCCAUGUUCGCCGCCAUCAUGACGGACCCAUUCUUCGUUUCCUGCCCAACCUGCAUCGAGGCAACUUCUCAGGCGCUCUCAAGUAUGAUGCUCAACUGCUGGCCUAGAAUCUCACGACCGGCACAUUCAGGAGAGCUGCUGAGGGCACUCUCGAGAGAACUCUGGCUGCAGUAUCCAGCCUCGCACCCAUAA